ACAGCUUUUCUGGACAACCUGUGCCAGUGUUUCACCCCUCUCCAGGUAAAGAGCUUCAUCCUAAUGUCUAGCCUAAAUCUAUGUUUUUGUCAGCUUAAAGCUCCUUGUCUUAUCCCUACUUUCCUCCUGAAAAGUCCCUCUCCAGCUUUCUUGUAGGCCCCCUUUAGGUACUGGAAGCUGCUCUAAAGUCUCCCUGGAGCUUUUUCCUUCCCCAGGCUCAUCAACCCCAGCUGUCUAAGUGUGUCAUCAUAGGAGAGGUGCUACAGCCCUCUGGUCAUCUGCACUUUCAGUGGUACUCUCAAAGAUUGGCCAUGCCAGGAAAACCAGCAGCACCUAUGGUUUUGAACCCAUGGACCUGGGGUUGGUCAGAGAGGGGGUUGCAGCCUGGCUCACUGCAGAGGAAGGGUCUUUUCGUGCUCAGACUGAUGAGCAGUGAAACGUGGCAGGUUUGAUCUCCUGAAAUCAUUUUCUGACGUCUGCGGGUGAAGGUGGGCUGUUCAGUUGGAAAGGUCUGUAGCUUUGCAGUCAAGAGAAGAUGCAGCAAAUGUCUUCAGGGUGCACAUGCUGCUUGCUUCCUGGGUAGGUGUAGAGUCACACCUGACAGAAGACUGCUGGUGGAUGGUACAGGCAGACUACUCUCAUUUCACAAAUAGUGGUAGCCCAGGGAGUUUAGAUAAAUAUUCCCAAAACAGCUCUUGAGGGUAGCCAUGAAGAGGUCUCCUGGCCCAAAGGGUGUCAUUCAGGGAGGAGGUCCUGCCUGCCCUCAUGGUUCCUCAUCACUGAAAAUGCAUCAUCUUAAACAGCAGGAGGGGAGCAUCAGUUAAUAAGGGUUUGGCCAGGGAGAGAAGGAGUGGGUCCUGAGCCAAGCUGGGGUGGGAGGGGAACAUGUUGAGCAUGGCACAGUGUUCAGCUGGGACUUUUCUUAGCAGCCAUCAGACGAACCUCUCAGGAUGUAGGAUGAAGGAUGUAGGUUUUAGAAAUAGAUGUGCCAUGCAGAGAAAAUGCCUCAAGUUCCCCAAGAAACCUGCUGAAAAAGUGCCCUCUAUUCAAGACACGAGCCAAAUGGCAAUGCUGGGUCCCCGCAGACAGGGGCUCUUUGUGAGGAGUCCCUGUGAACCUGCUGCCAUCCUCCCCCAGUGCUGGGAGAGGCCAGCAACCGCCUUUCCUGUUUUCUGCCUCCUCGGUUUUAUACGUUCCUGCGCCGCAAGCCGAGUGAGCAAACUUCCCUGCUAUUUGCAAGAUAUGGGCGUGCUCUCUGCAAAAUCCACAUCGUGGUCCUCCCAGACCGUUUUCAGAGGUUAGCCAAUAUUUACACAGUACUUGAGGGAUGCUAGGAACUAUGGUUUGAACAGGGAAGUUAUUUUCAGGGGUUGCCUUGUGUUCAAGGCUGCUUCACCUUCCAGCUCACCUGGGAGUUAAAGCAGCUCAUGUUUGAGGUUUUCUUUCUUUCAUCUUCCUCACUGCCAGUGUUCCACAUCUCUUUGAAUUCUUUUUUUUUGUCCCAUUAUACACUCAUGUUUUAAGCUGGUAGUCAUAGACUUGGGGACUUUCAGCUCACAGUCGCCAGUUCUAGCAGUGUCUGUGCUUUUCUUCUAUGUGGAGACAGAGCAUCUCCAGCCCAUUUGAGGUGGAAAUACUGUCUGCACAGGGAGAUGUUUUUAAUUUAGUGAAUCCAUGAACUCUAAGGCCAGAGGGGUAUGUUAUGAUCCUCUAAACCAGCAGUUUGCUUAACAUAAGCCGCAAAAUCUUACCCAAGAACUUCCACCACCAAGUCCAUUAUCUUCUUUAGAAAUUCCUGCUUCAGAAUACUGAGCAGAGUAAUUACCACUAUGGUUAGAACAAUGCCCCAUAAGAAUGAAACAUUUUUGCUCAUAAUAUCCAAGUCAUAUCUGCUUAUGUCAGAAAAAACAAUGACUUUAACUAGUGUGUAUUUCUGCUGGCUGCUCUGUUUCAAAAGGGUGAGGGGAGGGAAAGAAUACUACUUUAUGGCUUGUGCAUCACUGCAAAGGGAUUGUGAUUGCAGGAGGUUUAUUGCAUGUGACUAUUCCUGUUUGAAAACAGUCCAGGUUGACCAUCAGAGCCAGUGUUGAGCCUGAUGGCUUUGCAGAUAGUGGAAGACAGGUCCUUUCACUGUAAACUGAGCAAGGAGUAACCAAGGGCAUUUGCUAAGAACACAUGAAGGUAACAAAAGAGAGAGCCUUAUCACUGUCAUUCUGAUGGGGCUGGUUGUUGCAGGGUUUCCAUGACAUGGCACUGUAGAGGAGCCCUCCUCCAUUUUCUGGGGAGUCUGCUGGUGAGCAUCUCCUGCAGGAAUUGUCCUCAGCAUGUUGUCAGACAAGCAAACUAUUGUUGGGCCCGUGAAGCUUGAAGCAUGUUGUUUUACUAGAUGAAGUCCACUCACCAUCUGGCCCCUCGUGACUGACUGGAAGCCUGACUUGUUUGUGGGAUGCUCUCCAUGGACAGCAGUGUAGAGAGCCUUACCGACACUGUGCUGUUAGUUUGGAAACCAGGCUGGGAAUGAUGUGUUACUGAAUCAGAGGGACUGGUUGAUAUGGUCAAUACUGGAGAGUCUGCUUGAAGUGUCACAGAUGAAUCAACCAAAGCCUCAAGGUUUUCAGCAAGUUGAAAUUGGGGACAAUUUGCCCUAAGCCUGGGGCAGAAUAUCCACAUGCAUCAAUGACAGCUGGGGACCAACUGGAUGUGUAGCAAUCCUAGCAUGAAGACCAUGGGUGAUGGUGAUGCUGUGUGAACCAAUAGUGCAUGCUCAUCAGGAAUAAGCACCUGGUGAAGGAGGGAAAAUGGCUCAAGUAGAGAUGUUGAUGAGAGCACCUCUAACUGCAUGUAAGAUCUAUGUGUGUUCUAGGAUCUGUGUAAAUCUACUGCAAGAAGCAAAAGGACUUGGAAAUAGCUAUUCUGUUGUAAGCUUCACUUGCAACCUCCAAAAAUAAAAUCAAAGUGCCUUUUGUGAAGAACUACAACAGUCAUCUCUUCUGAGCCACCAGAGGAAAUAAAAGCAAAAGAAGUUAAACAGUUAAAGAGUUGAAGAUUUUGUCACGUGUUCUUGUCUGGGUCAAUGUCCACUUUUACUCUGCUGGGACUCUCAAGCUGGUCUUCAUUUGGAUGGUACUUGAAGCAAUGAGCCCAACUGGGAUAAAGCUGAAGAAUGAGAUCCAUGGUUUGAUGCAUGGCUACCUUUAAUCCUGCCUGGCAAGAAAGCAAGGGGAGGAAAGAAACAAAGACAGAAAGAAAGAAUAAAUCCCUGGCAUGCUGACUCAUUACCUUUUACACUGUAAGCUUUGAACUGCAUGCAACAGUUUCUGCACUUUAUCGAUGCUUCAUGUUCCCCGAUAGAAAGCACCUUUGUGGCAUUUCUCAGCCCAUCAGCCUGCAGUAAAUUGUUCCAUGAGCACUAUGAAUGUAAAAGUCAGCUCUGGAGGUGAAGAAGCCUCGGGAAUGAAGAGCAAGACCCUGGGGGAGAGCAGCUGCUCAGGAGACAUCAAGAAGGGACAAGUGAUCCUUGCUACCUAUGUGAUUGUAACCAUAGAGCUGACCUUCAUCUUCAUGCAGAUGGGAAUCCUGCCUUACUUGGCCAAGAGCAUAGGUUUGGAUUCAGUGGGUUUUGGCUACCUCCAGACAGCCUUUGGUGUCCUCCAGCUUGUGGGAGGUUCCAUUUUUGGAAGGUUUGCAGAUAAAUUUGGUGCCCGAGCAGCCUUAAUUCUUUCCUGUGCAUCUGGAAGCGCCUUCUUCCUGCUUAUGUCCAUCUCCACCAGCAUCCCCCUCCUCUUCCUCUCCAGGCUGCCAGCAGUGUUCAUGCAUGGGCUACCAGGUGCUCAGAAGGUUAUUACAGACAUGACUACUCCUUCCCAACGUGCUGAUGCUUUGGGGAAGCUGGGUCUUUGCUUUGGAAUAGGCAUCAUCAUCGGCUCUGUCCUAGGAGGUGUCCUCUCCACCAAAUUCGGCAUUUUUGCUCCUACAUACAUCGGGCUGGUGGGAAAUCUCAUAAAUACCAUGAUAGCAAUGUUUUGGAUCCCUUUGCAGGCUAAACCAAAGUCAGACCAUCAUUCGACAGAGCACAGCACAUCACAGUCUGGCAGCGUGUUUAGCAUCAGAGAGAUACUACGCCUGAUGAAGUUUCCUGGAGUAAUGGAAGUUUUCAUAGUCAAAGUCUUUGCUGGAUUUCCCAUAGGUUUGUUCCUGAUUAUGUUUUCAAUCAUCUCUAUGGAUUUUUUUGGCUUGGAAGCAGUGGAGUCUGGAUACCUGAUGUCAUACUUUGGUGUCCUUCAAAUGGUUGUCCAGGGUCUGGUCAUUGGAAAACUCACUAGCCGCUUCACAGAGAUGACCCUGCUCAAGCUCAGUGUCUUUGUCUUCGCUGGCGUGGGCCUUGGCAUGGCCCUGAUGAGGACUGUGUGGCACUACUGCAUCAUUGCAGUGCCGUUAGUGUUUGCCUUCAGCACGCUGGGCACCAUCACUGACAGCAUCCUCACCAAGGCUGUCCCUUCCUCUGAUACUGGUACCAUGCUUGGGAUUUGUGCCUCAGUGCAACCCUUAACCCGGACAGUGGGCCCAACCAUCGGUGGAGUUCUAUACAAACAUUUUGGUGUCUCCUCCUUUGGCUAUUUACAGCUAAUUGUUAAUAUAGGUUUAUUUGUUUACCUCUUAAAGAGUAAUAUCCCACUGUCAGAGAUGAAAAACCAAUAAUGCAAUUGCAAGAAAGUAACUCCCUUUUUCCAUAGAAAUAAAGAUGUCUUGAGUUUUA